AGAUUUUUAUCAAACUCCGUUCACAUUCUAUGAUCUUUCGGUUUCUAUAAAUUUAAAUACAGGGUUCAUUCUUAGGAGUCAGUAAGUCAUUAAAUGGAGCUCCAAGAUGUUACUAAGAAUAAUAUUACUUCUUCCACGCCAACACUUGAUGAACCUCUGAAGCGCGUUGAGAAUGAUGGUGUUGUGCAGGGAGGGCUAGAGCUGGAGCCAAGACCGAUUCGAUUUGUUCUUUCGUUUAGUAAUCUGAAAUACAGUGUCAAGACACGUCGAAAUUUGUCAUUUGGUGCUUUGUUUUGCCAGAAAACUAAGCUUUUGAAUGAUUUAGAGGUGAAUCCUGUGGAACACCUAGAGAGCAAUUACUCUAAGAAAAAAGUUUUAUUGAAUGAUAUUUCAGGUGAAGCAAAAGAAGGUGAAAUAAUGGCGGUUCUUGGUGCGAGCGGGUCAGGGAAAUCUACUUUGAUCGAUGCACUUGCGAACAGGAUCUCAAAAGGAAGUUUGCAAGGAUCCGUGACACUAAAUGGAGAAGUUCUUGAAUCUAGAACUUUGAAAAUGAUUUCAGCUUAUGUGAUGCAAGAUGAUCUUCUUUUUCCUAUGUUAACCGUUGAAGAAACUUUAAUGUUUUCUGCUGAGUUUAGGUUACCUCGUUCGGUUUCUAAAUCGAAGAAAAUGGAGAGAGUUCGAGCACUUAUUAAUCAGCUAGGACUUGGAAAUGCGGCGAACACGGUGAUUGGUGACGAAGGCCAUAGAGGGAUCUCCGGUGGUGAGCGUCGCCGUGUUUCAAUAGGAGUUGAUAUAAUUCAUGAUCCUAUAUUAUUAUUUCUCGACGAACCAACUUCAGGGCUAGAUUCUACUAGUGCUUUCAUGGUGGUGAAAGUUCUUCAACAAAUUGCUCGAAGUGGGAGUAUAGUCAUCAUGUCAGUUCACCAACCUAGUAACAGAAUUCUUAGCCUCUUCGACCAUUUGAUCUUCCUCUCAAGAGGACAAACUGUUUACAACGGCUCACCUAAAAAUCUUUCCAUGUUCUUCUCUGAAUUCGGCCAUCCAAUUCCAGAAAAUGAGAACCCAACUGAGUUUUCUCUUGAUUUUAUACGUGAACUCGAGGUAUCACCAGGAGGGACGAAAAGGUUGGUUGAUUUCAACAAGUCAUCUUGGCAAGAUAUUACGUAUUCACGUGAUCGGAACUUUAACAGGAGUAGUAUUCCAGAAAGUCCAUCUCUGAAAAACGCGAUAAGUUCUAGUAUUUUAAGUGGAAAACUAGUCUUUGUCGCGUCAAAGAACGAUUCUACUAAUCAUAAAUCUACCAUUGCAACUUUCAGAAAUCCAUUCUGGUUCGAAAUCUAUGUUUUGUCCAAACGGUCUAUGAUAAAUUCAACUCGAACGCCUAAACUUUUGUUGGCGCGGCUAGCAACGGUUCUUGUAACAGGUUUUAUCUUAGCCACUAUAUUCUGGCAACUUGACAAUUCACCAAAAGGUGUACAAGAACGAUUAGGUUUAUUGGUUUUCGCCAUCUCCACAACAUUCUACAACUGUAUACAAGCUCUUCCUGAAUUCCUCCAAGAGAGAUACAUCUUCAUGAGAGAAACUGCUUACAAUGCAUAUCGCCGUUCAUCUUAUGUUCUAUCACACUCGAUUGUUACUAUACCUGCAUUAGUCAUGCUCUCUAUCGCCUUUGCAGCAACAACGUUCUGGGCGGUCGGUUUAUCAGGUGGUUUUUCAGGGUUCUUGUUCUUUUUCAUUGCAAUCUUGGCUUCAUUUUGGGCAGGUAGCUCCUUUGUAACCUUUCUCUCCGGAGUGGUUCCAGAUGUUAUGCUAGGGUACGUUAUUGCUGUAGCGAUGCUAGCUUAUUUCCUUCUCUUCAGUGGAUUCUUUAUCAGCCGAGAUCGGAUUCCACCGUAUUGGAUUUGGUUUCAUUACAUAUCGUUAGUGAAGUAUCCAUUUGAAGGAGUUUUACUGAAUGAAUUCGAUGAUUCAACUAAGUGUUUCGUUCGAGGUGUUCAGAUAUUCGACAACACGCCACUGGAGCUUUUUUCGACUGAUGAGAAACUUAAGUUGCUGAAGACAUUGAGUAAAUCUUUAGGCAUGGAUAUAACUCGUAAUACAUGUGUCUCGACCGGAGUCGAUAUACUGGGAAAGCUAGGAUUAAAUGAUAUAAGCAAAUGGAGUAGUAUUUGGAUAACUUUGGCAUGGGGUUUCUUCUUUAGAAUUCUCUUUUACUUUUGUCUAUUAUUUGGCAGCAAGAACAAGAGAUCAUAGGGUAUAAGAAUUGGGAUUGAACCCUGAAUUUGUCACCAAUGUCCAAUAUCCUUUUGGGCGCAUUUUCAUGGUCUAAAUUGUUGUGUGAUUGCCCCGGGUUUGUUGAAUUCAUUUUACUGACUUUCACCUUGUUUGUUUGCAGCUGACUCGGCGUCUGGGUCUGAGUCAAUCCCUGAGUCGCGCCGAGUCAGCAGUUAGACUGUUUUAAUACGAGAGUUUUUUUCUUACUCAAAUUUAUGGAACUGACUUGAAAUGAGACAAGGAUUUGAGUUUU